AUGGGUGCCUUGAAAUACGUUGAAGAGCUUCAGAAGAAGAAGCAGUCUGACGUGCUUCGCUUCCUGCUGCGCGUUCGAUGCUGGGAGCUUCGUCAACUCAAUGUGAUCCACCGUGCUUCCCGCCCAUCGCGUCCCGACAAGGCUCGCCGUCUCGGCUACAAGGCCAAGCAGGGCUAUGUCAUCUACCGUGUCCGUGUCCGCCGUGGAGGACGCAAGCGCCCUGCUCCUAAGGGUGCCACCUACGGCAAGCCCACCAACCAGGGUAUCAACCAGCUCAAGUACCAGCGCUCCCUCCGCUCCACCGCCGAGGAGCGCGUUGGUCGCCGCUGCGCCAACUUGCGUGUCCUGAACUCCUACUGGGUUAACCAGGACUCGACCUACAAGUACUACGAAGUCAUCUUGGUCGACCCUCAGCACAAGGCUAUCCGCCGUGAUGCCCGCAUCAACUGGAUCGCCAACCCCGUCCACAAGCACCGUGAAUCCCGCGGCCUCACUGCCACCGGCAAGAAGUCUCGUGGUAUCAACAAGGGCCACGGCUACACCAAGACCAACGCCGGCCGAAGGAAGACCUGGAAGCGCCACAACACCCAGAGCUACUGGAGAUACCGUUAG